AUGGCUACCGAACUCCCAUCACCACCCUUUGUAGAGGUUCCCGGAAUCCACAACUUUCGUGACAUCUCCGACGGGAGCCAUGUCAAGACCGGCCUCGUCUUCCGAUCCGCAGAUCCGACAAAGGCUACGGAAGAUGGUCUCAAAAAGAUGAGUUCGGAUCUAGGGAUAAAGAAAAUCUUCGACCUCCGAUCUCACCAAGAGAUUCAACGCGAUGGCCCUGAAUGGGCGGGCGUCGAGCGUGAAUGGGUGCCUGUCUUCGCGACGCAGGACUAUGGUCCCGAACAAGUCGCCGUCCGCUACAAGCACUACACUUCCGGCCACCCCGAUGGCUUCGUCACCGCCUACCGCGAUAUCCUGAAGGCAGGUCCUUCUGCGUACGGCAAGAUCUUCCGCCAUCUCGCACAACCCGAACCGACACCAUGUCUGGUCCACUGUACGGCGGGUAAAGACAGGACAGGAGUGCUUGUGGCAUUGCUCUUCUUGCUUGUUGACGUGCCGAAAGAGGCGAUCAGCCAAGAGUACAGCUUGACAGACCAAGGCCUGGCACCGCUGAAGCCACUCUUCAUCGAGAGGCUGCUGAAGAAUCCAGCUUUGGAAGGCAACAGGGAUGGAGUGCUGAAUAUGGUCUCCAGUAAGAAGGAGAACAUGGACGGCACGAUUGAUAUGAUCUUGAAGGAGCACAAGAGCGCGGAAGAGUAUAUGAGGACACAAUGCAAGUUGAGCGAUGCGGAGAUUGAGCAAUUGAGGAAGAACUUGCGGAAGGCGUAG